CACGGCAACAUCGCCUCCUCCUAUUGGCUCUGCUUCUCCUAACGUGUCAUAAACAGGAAAGCUCCGGAUGGUGAUGAUAAUCCUGGAUAUAAACUGGAAUAUAAUCGUAUAAUGAAGCCCUGAAUGGUCGGAAACGUUUUUAAAAAGAAAAGGAAAUAAUGGAGCGGAACAUUCAGAACCUUCCCAUCGACAUACAGACCAGCAAACUUUUAGACUGGCUGGUGGAUCGGAGGCACUGUAACCUGAAAUGGCAAAGUGCAGUGAAGGUGAUCAGGGAGAAGAUCAAUGCUGCCAUCCAGGACAUGCCGGAGAACGAGGAGAUCAAGGCGCUCCUCUCCGGCUCUUGUAGGUCCCCUACAACUCAAUACACCCACCCAGCCUUCCACUUCUCUGAGAGAUGAAUCUAUUAUG